AAUGUGAAAUGUCACUUUGACAGCUCCAUUCCGUAGAAGCACAACACUACGUGGCUACCUCCAGAAGUGAAAAGUAGCAAAUUUGUGACUUAACAUAACUUCUUUAAUUAAGAAGCUGUAAAUACAAUGUUUCGCUCAUUUUUAAUCGCAAGUAUUUUCGCCUUUAGCGCGGUGUUUGGUGAUUCUUGCACUAAACCCGAAAUAACCUCAACUUCUUUCACGACGCAAGAUGCUACGAUUGUUACUAACAUCGCAUACAUUGCUGAUUUUACCCUAAAGUGCAGCAACGGACAAGUUCCACCCUUGUAUGCCGAAGUGAAUGGCAACAUUGUCCCAGUUUCUGUCGUUGGGCCAAACCAGUAUCAGAUUAGUUGGACUGAAGACACCAAAACAGCUCGCAGUGGCGACAAAUUAGUGCGCGUUUUGGACGAAGACGGUUUUGCGGCGGCUCGCAAAGCCCUCAGAGCGGGAGAAGACUUGUCAGCGGUUCCCUCAAUGGCGGAUGUGGUCAUCAACUACCCAGGUGCCUAUAAUGGACCAUGGUUAAAGAGUGAACUUCUGGCUACUUUGGUUUCACUAGUUGUAACGUAUUUUGCCAUUUCGUUUAAAUUGAAAGUUACAGCUUAGUUCAUUGUUGACCAUUUGUUAUUAUUUAUUUCAUAAAAUUAAUAAUUUUUAUUAAAAUGUACUGUACAGAAAAUGCAUGUUUUAUACAGAUAUUUUUUUCAAUAAACAUCUUGGAAGAAUUAAA